CUUAGUGACUCCUUCGUCAGCUAAUAUAACUACAGAAGUGAACUUACUCAUCAUCUUAGCUGUGUCGGUUUCUGGCUCGUAAAAUAACGAUCCCAUUGAAUCUUUCCGAUGACUAAUUGCACGUGGCGGGGAUCCUGUUGAAAAUGAUGAUCUUCAAUAUCUGGCAGAAGGCAGAAAACAGUGGAAAUCAAGUCUUUUUUAAUAAACACUCAAGGACUCUUGCACAGUAGAGCUACUGUAUGUGUGACAGGGGUGGGGGAGCUUCUGUUUGACCUGCUAUUUUCCAGCUUCCCUGUCCUGCAGGACUAUAGCUAGCACCGAGAUGUGGUCCAUUACUCGUCUUCUGUUAACAAGCAUCUGGACCAGGUUCCAGGCAAUCAGCUGCCACACAACGACUGGCUGUUUGCUGCGAGGGUGGCCUUAAUGCCCGCUGUAAUGAAUCAGGCCCGACUGUUACAGCAGCUCAAAGGAAACCAAAUAUACACUCGCUGCAGCGUCGCACUCGGAGCUGUUUGAUUGAAGCCUGCUGACAAGAAGGUCGGACACGCUGUUUGUUUUGGUUUUACUUCAUCUGGGACCGUCUCUGCUGGUCACCUUGGUCCAUUUGUUGUUAAUGACUGAACGCAGAGGUGCCAAUGGCUGGAAAUGAGGGAAUAACUUUCAGUGUGACACAUUUUGGGUCUUGGGUUUCAACCCUUAGAAUGGCAUGGAAAUAGUCACGGCAGCUGAGUCACAGCUUUACGGCAUCGCAAUAAAAAAAGAAAAUCCUCAGUGAGUGGUGGAAUGUAUAAUGUACAUUUAUUCAAGUCCUGUACUUAAAGGGGUAUUUUAAACAUCACACUGUUUACAGGCUAGUGGGGAGUACUACUGGAUAUGUAAAAAAAAGUUGUACAAAGCCUUUUGUUGCUCCAGAGGCUGGAAGAAAUACUUGGAUCCUUUACUUAGUAAAAAAAAGCAAUACCAGCUUCUUAAAUGUGAACAUUUGAGGAAAACAGUGAUUGACAUUUUUCACCAUUGUAUGUGACAAAACAACUAAUUGUCCGAUUAAUCGUCAGUAUAAACAAUCAGUAGUUGCAGCCCUACUGUUGGUGGAGGUGAUUUUAAGUAUUUUAUUUACUGUUGGGUAUAGUUGAAUACAUCUUGUGUAUGAAACAUAUGAUGAAUUUAAAAAACACGAUGCACUUGUUUCUUGUUUCGUCAUGUUUUCCCACGUGGUUUCAUUUUAAUAACUGUUUGUAUUUUACCUCCCCAGAAAAGCAAAGAUAAUAAAAAAGUCCAAAAGAUGAAUACAGAAUUGUGUAUGAGAACUUUGUUUUUUCUCCUCAGUUUAUCUUGAUACCUAUAGGUUGGGAACCACUGGACUGAACUCCACCUUGAAUAGCUACAACAGCCACAGGAGCCAUUUUUAAGUACACUUUGUUGAUAAUACUUAGGAGCUUUCACUUCAGAGGGAUUUUGACCGCAGGACUGUAAAUGGUAAAUGUACUUAAGUAAAGGAUCUAGUUACUUCUUCACCCGCUGGUUCUCAAAGCUGUAAUGUGACGUGUUUCAGAAAGUGUUUUGUAUCUGAUUGUUUGUCUUUUUAAGAUGACUCAUCUGGGUUUGGUUUGUGUCUCCCACAGUGCAGCUCGACAGAUGACGACUGACCACGCAGCAGUUUGGAACAAAUGACAGGAGAUUACACAUGCUGAAUGAGACAAUGCCAUGAACCUAAUCUGAUUACAUUUGAGAACUGAAAAACGCUGUCGAUGGCUUUACCUCCAAUGGAUUCCUAAAGUUUCAGCAUCACUGAUUCUACUGAAAGGAUCUCUUGGUGGAAGUCAACGAGAGGAGGGGGGCCAAGAUGUGGCCCCCUGACCUCGGGCCUCCAGACGUCCAGCUGACUCUUCCUGGUUUUGGAAGUGUGUUUGAGGAUGCCGAGGACCCUCAGGCGCCGCUGUCUUCUGGUGGCUUCUGUCAGCCCUCGAUACACUCAGGCGGUCUGGGCGUGUGCUGUCUUCCAAGGACUUCCCUGUCCUCGCUGGGAUGUGAUCUCACCUCCCUGCUCAGCUGUAAGACAGCUGGAUCUCACUUAGAAAAGACUGUGGAGGACUUUGCCAUCACAGCGCAUACAGAUCCUAAAAGCAACACUCAGAGGUUCAGUUGUUACCCACAGCCCUCCCUCCCUUUAUCCUAUAUGCUCACCAGCUGUGCCACAUCUCCUCCUUUCGGCUCCCCACCUUCCUCUCUUUCCUCUUCCGCCUCCUCGUCGUCUUUAUUUUUUGCAUCUCCCUUGCCUCUGUCUGAUGCACCUGGCGGCAACAAAACUCCUCAUCUUCAAAUAAAGAUGCAGGAAGAGUAUCACUCGAUAAAACAGGAGCCUGCGGAUGAUUUCUCGCCUUGUAAGAGGGAACCGUUUCAAGUGAACAACCAGCAGGUGGAGCUGUUCCAUGCUGGCCAGCCCAUCCAAGGUCAGGACGGCACCCCACAUCAUUUCCCGAGUUUCAAUGGCCCCGUAGGCCAGGACCCCAACGUGGACCAGCAGGACCAGCCAUGUCACUGGAUCGACUGCAGUGCCACUUACAGCAGUCAGGAGGAGCUGGUGAGGCACAUCGAGAAGGUGCACAUCGACCAGCGCAAAGGGGAAGAGUUCUCCUGUUUCUGGGCCGGCUGCGUGCGGCGCCACAAACCCUUCAACGCCCGCUACAAGCUGCUCAUCCACAUGAGGGUCCACUCUGGAGAGAAACCUAAUAAAUGCAUGUUUGAGGGCUGCUCCAAGGCGUUCUCACGUCUGGAGAACCUGAAGAUCCACCUGAGGAGCCACACAGGAGAGAAACCGUACAUCUGCCAGCAUCCCGGCUGCCUCAAGGCCUUCAGCAACUCCAGCGACCGGGCCAAACACCAGCGCACACAUCUGGACACGAAGCCGUACGCCUGUCAGAUCCCAGGAUGCACCAAACGUUACACCGAUCCCAGCUCGUUACGAAAGCACGUCAAAGCUCAUUCAGCCAAAGGCCUUCAGGAGAGGGAGGUCAAGGUGCAGGUGCACACAAUGCUGGAAUCGGACGUUUUGAGCGAUUGUCUGGCGAGGCAGCAUCUCCACCAAGGAAACGGCUCACCUUUACCCAGCUUAGAUGAAUACACAGGUGUGUAUUCAAACUGCAGCUCCGUCCACAACGGGGCAACUUCUGAGUUCCUCCCUCCGUCAGCAGACCCCUGCUCCAGGUACCGAGGCCUGCAGGGAAACUUUGACGCCAACAGCCCCAUAGCUUCACUAACAAGCGCAGGAAGCAUGAGAGAGGGAAACGGACAAUCGUCGUCGUUCAUGUCCGCUAACGUCAGCGCAGUGAGCUCCUCGUCAGACCGAGUGGACGUCCAGCUGCAGGGCUACCACAAAACCUACAACCACCAACAAGUGUUCUCACAGCAGCAAGGAUGUCUGUACGGAGAGGGAAAGGUGGCUCAACCAGUCAGCGACGGAGGCUUCGAACCCGCCAGUUACUUCACAACCUCCUCCGCCUCUCACUCUACAGGGUUCGACUUGUUGCAGGAGCUGCAGGGUCAGGCGGGGGGCAGUUACUCCAUGUCUCCCUGCUCAGACGACAGCUUCCUCUUCCAGGCCGGAGGCGUCGACCGCUGCCUCAACCAGAUCUACUCCAUCUACCUGGACUCAUGAUGGGCCACCCGGAACCAACAAAAUGGAACCAGUAAUCACUUUUGUUUUCCUGAAGACAAAAUGCAUCAGACAAUCACAAUACUGUUAAUUCAAGGCUGAAGUUGGCUGAAUUAUUGGUGUUCUUGACAGAAAAUAUGUCAGUGGAAGCUUUAACGGUACCGCAACAAAAAAGAAGCAGAAUUGACUAGAGGCAGAGCUAAGGGCUAAGAGGAAAUCUGGUAAAAUUGUAAAUGUGAACAGCGGUGACUUUUUUUUAUUCAGAGAUGACCACAGGCUUUGUGAUCUGGAUAGAAUGAGCUAUGAGCUUUUAUGUGCUAGUUUGAUCUGUUGAAAGGUAGCUGGCUCUCUGGCCCUGACACUGAUAUCUAGUGGGGUUAAUUCUGCCUCCAGGAAAUGUUAAAACAAUGUUAUUUGACAGAAUGGGAUCUUAUAAUGUAGUGGUUCCCAACCUAAGCUCCAUAAAUACAUCUGUUCGGGUGGAAUUAUGAUUAAGAAGAAACCAAAGAACAAAACAACACAGUUCUGCUUAUUCAAUCUUGUGAAGGGCUCGUUGCA